UCUCUCGCACUCUCACCCACGCAACGGCCGCAGCAGAAACCACACUUAACACGGUACAUCAAUUUAAUACUCUCGCUCUGUCUCUCUCUCUAUCUCGUUAUAUAAGCAAGACAACUGCGAACUAUACACACGCGCCUUUUAUUCGCCGGUUUAAUCUCGAACCCACUUCGUUUCAGUUUGUCGAAGCCGAGCCGGCCAGCAUCAAGAUACCUCCGUCGUGAGAGACACACACAGAGAGAGAGAGAGAAACACAACGACAAGAGAUGAGUUGCCCGCUCACGUGAAUCUCUCGCGAUAAGAAUUAGGAGACAUCAAUUGGUUUGGUGAAUGGGUGUCUGGGGGAAGGGUUGUUCCACCUCGCACGGGCAUGGAAUGUUCGGCUCAGAAUGGACCCUGAAGUAUACCCGGUGAGAGCAUCAGACGCACGGGAAGACGCGAGGAGGCGGGCACGGACGGACCAACCGCGCGAGUCGAGCAUCACCCGAGUUCGUCGACACCCUCCGCCUUCUUCCUCCCAGCAGCCGCCGCACAGAUGGAUCGUACCGCACGCCUGCCCGUGCGGUGGAGCGGCGACGUCUCGCUGAAUGACAACGGCGGCGGGCGACGUCCACAGCUGCAGCGGCAGCAGCAGCAGCAGCAGCGAAGGACGGGCACGCCGACCCAGCGCGCCUGGCCGGGAGACGAUGACGGCGGAGGAGGAGGAGGCGACGCGGGGGACGUGGGGGGCCCCGGAGGGACGGGUGAGCGUUGGGGGGGGCCCACGGUGGGUAGGGCCCUGGGGGGGUCCCCCGCCUCUCAGUCGCCAUCACCGACGUCGGAGAAACUCUCCGCGUCGCUCAGCAUGGCCUCCGCGUCCGCAAGCAGCACGCCGGACUCGCGCGAGGAUGUUAUGGACCUGAGCAGUGACCCGUGCCUGAGUCGCUCCAGCUCGGAGGCGUGCUCCACCAAGGAGACUCCCUGCUCCGAGGGAAAGAGCUCCCCGAGCCUGGAGCUCGAUGACGACGAUGAAGAGGAGGAGGAGGAGGAAGAGCGGGAGGGGAGAAAGGGACGGAACGACGACGACGACGAUGACGACGACACUUCCGGCGGCUCCGACUUCCGGGAGUAUGAGCGCUGCGUGUUGCAGGAGUGGCACGACGAUGUGGAGGAGGAGCGCGUUCGAGCCGUCAGACUCCUCCGCUGUAACGACGACGACGGCGGCGGUGGUGGUGGUGCCAGCGACCAGGUGACGGGAGGAGGAGGUCGUGCCAGUGAUGGCCGCACCUCCCCUCUGCCCGGGCGCCCCACGCUGUCGCCCAAUGCCAACUCGGCCCAUGACGGUGGCGGCGGCGGUGGUGGUGCCGGCGUGAGCGGCGGCACGCGCGGCCAGGACGUCGCCACCUCCCUACCCCGGCAACUUUCGCCCAACGCCAACUCCUCGAGCGUCCGGGGCGCUGGCACGGGGGCCGGCGGUGGAUCGUUGGGAGCGGCCGCAGCCAAAGCGGCCAUCAGUGGCGGCGUAAGGGGGGGCGGCACCGCAACCGCCGUUGCCGUCGUGACUUCCAGUUCUGCUGCCGCUGCCAUCACUGCCUCUGCAAAUGUCACGUCCGACGGCGGCGGCGGUGUCGGCGGAGAUGAUGGGGCUGACGCUCCUCUUCCCACCAUGGAUUGGGACGCGCUGGAGCGACACCUCGCCGGGCUGGCUGCUGAGCAGAGUGGGCGGCAAGGGGCGGCAGCGGCGCGGGCCGGCGGCUCCGGCAGCGCCAGCGGAAGUCCAGCUCCCUCUGCGCAGAGGAGCGAGCGGGAGUCCAUCCGGCAGAAGCUGGCGCUCGGAGGGUUUCUGGACGAUGGGCCGGGCAUCUACACCACGUGCAGCCGCAGCGGAAAGCCAAGCCUCUCCUCCCGGCUGCAGAGCGGCAUGAACCUGCAGAUCUGCUUCGUCAACGACAGCGGGAGCGACGCCGAGGAGAGCAGCAAGACCGAGACCAGCCCUGACACCCCCGCGUCUCCCAUGAGCAAGCAGAGCUCGUCAUACUCGGAGCGCGACAGCCCCGAGGAGGAGGGGGACGAGGACGCGAUGGAGUCGCCCCUCGACGAGAUGGACUUUGCGUCGCGGCGCCGUCGGCUGCAGGACGAGGCGCGCAUGGCGCUUGCCAUGGCACAGCCGAUGGCGCGCAUGCAGGUGCAGGUGGAGAAGCGCAGCAAGCCGCCCCUCUCGGACCUGCUCCCGCACCUGCCCCACCUGGGCGAGUCUCUGCUCAAGCGGAGCCUCCGUCCGGGCGACCUGCACGGCAUGACGGAGGGGCAGCUGCAGGUCAUCGUCAACGACCUCCACUCGCAGAUCGAGAGCCUCAACGAAGAGCUGGUGCAGCUGCUGCUGGUGCGGGACGAGCUGCACAUGGAGCAGGAUGCCAUGCUGGUGGAUAUUGAGGAUAUGACGCGGCACGCGGAGGAGCAGCACAAGUUUAUGGGCGCCAAGCUGGUGUCCAAGUGAUGUGGCAAGGUCGGCGACUCCUGCGGGAGUGGCGCGGAGCGAGCGGGAAUCUGAAUCCCCGUCGAAACGUACAAACAAACGUGCAAAAAGCGAAACUCGCGAGGGUUCGCCGCCCUAUUAUCGGUGCCAAAGGCAAACAGGCCGAGUUGCAAUCCCCUAGGGUAACGACACCGGGAGCCUGCGCCGCUAGCCCAGGCCGACCGCGUCUUCCGCGGUUGUUCCGCGGGCGGCUCUUCCCCCCCCCCCCCUCCCCCCGUUGUUCGACCGAAGAAGAGGCUCCCAAGCAAGCACGUGGAGCCGAAACGUCGGACAUCAACGGCGCGACCCGUCGGCGUGGCGGGGAGGGUUUCGACAGAACUCUACAAAGACUUAAGUUAGCCAUAGGCAUUAUAACGUGUCCGUUCACAGGUUUCCUGUUAAGAUGGGGCUCAUGCUAUAAGUGGCUAAUGGGAUCCCAGGCCAUCGCCAAACACUCAAACCCACGUGUCGAUCGUCGCUAUUUGCUUGGCUGCAGUGUGAUGGGGCUUUGUUGUCCGUAUGCUCGACGUUGCUUCAGGCAAAGUUGUCGCACGGUCCGUCCGUCCGUCCGGUUGCUCUCAACACUCACGGACGCGCUGUUGCGAUGGGCAGCAUCUCAUUUUAAAGAUCCAUUUCGUGUAUUUAUUUUGUGAUUAUUUUACAAGAAAACAAUUUUUCUCACGCAAUUUUUGCCCCAGCAGCGGCACAGCGGCCCACCCAAGUGGAUAUCGCGGGGCUGCGUCCGAGAGAUUCCCCGCCCCUUCGAGUGACCCCUGAUCCAUGCAGAGUGGAGGGCGGCGUUUCCCAUUCCCUGCUUUGCGUGCGAGAGUGAAGUUCGUCGCGUCACCGUCACACCGAUGUUUUUAAUUUCCCGAGUGCUGAAAUUUCACCAAAUUAAGUGCGGAACCAAAGUUUUUACGCGACGAUGGCUUUUUUAUUUGUGGUUUUAUUUGUGCAGUCAUUGGUGACCAGGCUGAGACCGUCAAAACGGAAAGAUGUUUCAAAAUGUACCCUCCGCUGUGCAUCAAGCUUUCAUCACCCGAAUGAGUAAUUUAAACAUGAGCAAAAAUAUUUCAGCUGGUUGCAGGAAACACUAUGUAAUACGAUUUUUGUCCCUGGGUAGUAAGUGUUAUUUUCUAAUUGCUUAUGCUUCAAAAGUAUAUAAAAUGGCUAUUAUUUCACACAAACUUUGCUUUUGUCACCAGGACUUUAUGUGAAGAAAUGACACAAAUGCACACCGCGUUUUCUCAUUGAAAAUAGGUACAUUUCAAAUGAUCAGUCCUGGUCAUAAAAGCAAAGUUUGUGGGGCAUAUCAAUUUUCUGUACUUUUGAGGCAUAAGCAAUUAGAAACUAAACACUUACUACCCAGGAACAAAAAAAAACAUUUUUGUUACACAGUGUUAUUCACCAAUAUUGUCAUAAAGAAACACAACGAAUUGGCAAAGUACAAGUAUGUUUUUCUUUUACCAGAUUUUAAUUAAACGACGUGAAAUGUGUAUAGAUCUCAUUGUAUAAUGUUGUCUCCCAACUACCGCGUAAGGCACAAUCUUUCGUCAUCUUAAUCCUGUUUUAGAUUUGAAGUUUUCGUGACUGCAAUAUAUAUAAUCCUGUUUUCCCAAUUGCAUCCCCCUCGUGCUCUCGGGUGUCGCAUCACGAUUGGACAAAAGCAUCCGUAUUGGAUCUUUUGCAGAGCAGUGCAACCCUGGAUGUAUUUAAAGAGUGGCCCACAGAAGUUGACACCUCUGCACCCACAGUAUUCUGGAGCACCACUUUGCCCCCGUCUGCCCUGCUGCAGAGAGUAAUGCCCGUCACAUUUUACGGUGGAACACUUUACGGAAACCAAAUUUAACGCCAUCGAUGUGUGCAGUUAUUUGGCUGGACCGGGCCUGGAACCAACAAUGCACUGCACUUGACGACGAACCCGGAUUUCGUCGCAGGCAGCGGCUGAAAGUCUGGAAUUGAACCCAGGAUGUUAGCGGUGCCGGCUAGGCAUCUCCGAUCUCCUCCCAAAAGUCACCAUCGGACUUCGCUCUGCCAGGAAGAAGGGACACGCGGUCAAAAUGUAACCUUAUUCAUGUACUCUUCUGUUCGAGGACUGUGUGCUAUGACAAUGCUGGUAAAAUAUUUGUACUCCGUGCUUACGCAUCACCGCGGAACCGUUUUGUUGUGUUGAGUUUGUUGUCAUUUCUCCGCGCCUCUGGUUAGCACGGUUGGCUACGCACGGUGUGAAAGAAGUUCAACGUGUAUACAUGCACUGCCAACUCCA